GAAAUUAUUUCCAAAAAAGUCUAAUUCAUAUGUAUUGUAUUAUGUGAGAAGGAAUAUAUAUUCACUAAAAAUGAAUGCAGAGGGGAAAAAGAGGAACAAAGAGAAGAAAGAGGCCGCACCGGCAGCAGCCGCCCCAACAUCUCCCUUGGAAUCCCUUAUUUGUAGAGAAUUGGGGGAUGUUCUAGAUCUCGGGUCUUCACUUUGGUUAUCCUACAAGGCCCCAAGGUUGGUCCUUGGGGUAGACACUCCGAUACCUAAGCCUUCAACGGGGUGGCCACGUGUUGAUCCUUCCGAGAAACCAGGGCAAUGCAUGUCAACCAUCGCAGUCUAUGUUGGUGUUGAGUUGAGGGGUGGAUAUCAUGGCAUGGGGUCAAGUGCUGAAAAGCGGAGGUUCAAAUGUGAACAUGAUUCCAAAUCAUAUGGUGCACGGACGGAGUCGAAGUGGGAAUGGAGUGACACAAGACCAUGGUGUAUGGUUGGAGUCAAAGUGAAAGUGAAAAUUGUGAUAUCGGAGAUGUCUUCUGAAGAAACACUAAGUGUUGGAGGGGGAGAGGAAGUGAGAAGCUUUAGUUGGAGCUCGAGCUCAAGCUUUAGUGGGAAAAGUGGGGGUAUGACCUCUAUUAGUGGGGCCAAUGGGGGUCAGGAGGAUAGCAUUGUCCCAACUACCAUUUUAGAAGUUGGUGGCAGUCGAGCGAGGUGUUAUGACGAGAGGGAAAAGGUAGUGGGGGAGGUGAGAGGGUAUAACUCGUGCUGGAGGAGUAGGGGGGAGCUGGGGCACUUAGUGGAGAAUUAUAACAUCCCCCCUCAUGUGCUGGUGAGGCCAGUAGGAAGUGAGGAACGGGCGUGUUCGGCUCUAAAAGAUCAUUGGAUGCUGCUAUAUGUGCACUACCUAGCAGUUGGGCUCCAAUUUCCCAUUCCGGAGUUGCUGGUAGCACUGCUAAAGGAGUAUGGGUUAGGGUUGACACAACUCGUCCCAAAUGGAGUUCAGUUGGUGGGGGGUAGUGGGAAGGAGAAGGGCUGGUUUUAUUUCAUACCCCAGGUAGUUGGAGGUAGGAGUAGGAAUCUGUUCACAGCAGGUCCUUUCUCCAUUAAGGGGUGGAAAGAGAAGUUUUUCUUUGUUAAUGAUGCGGAGUGGGGGAGGGGGGAUGGGGAAGUAGAGGAGCUCAAUAGGUGGAAGGGGAAGAGGAGGAAUCCGAAUCAGUACCGGCUGAGGGAGGUGGAGAAAGACAAAGUGGAGAUGUUGGAGAGGGGUGGGGGGGAGCUGACGAACAUAAUGUACCUCACCAGUCCAGAGGUGGUGGAGUCGUCUGGAAUCUAUGGGAGGAGCUCGUUGAGCAGAGGAAUGAAUCACUUAAGAGAUGGGGGCAAGGCCGUGCAACUUCCGGAGAAGAGGUCAAAUGCGUCAGCUUCGGGUGCUCAAGAGGAACGAGUUAGGGGUGGGACUUCAAGACCUCACCUUGGUGGUGGACCUCGGGUUGAGGUGGGGCCCAGCUCGGAGCCAAGGAAGGGUUCAACGGAAGAAGUCACCGCUCGGAAGAGGCCAAGGGUAGAAGUGGUGGCGCCUGGGAGGGAUGAGGUGGCCAGUAAUGGGGGUUCAGGGGUAGUUCGGCAAGCCCUGGAGUACGAAGAGCUCAGCCGCCAAAAGGAGGAGGCGGAGAAGAACUUCGGUGAUCUGACCUCGAAGCUAGAAAAGGUCAGGGAGGAGUUGGCUACUUCCAAGAGGGCUGCUGAGCUAGAGGAGCAAACGAGGAAGAAUCGUAAGAAGGUGAAGUCGCAGAAUCCGGAGGUGGACAUGACAAACAUCACGUUUGGCCUUGAGGAGGCAGGGGUAGAGGAGAAUGGGGAUAGUAAGACAGCGGAGUUCCGUCUUGAGGUUAAAUUGACUUGGGAACGGGAUGAGGCUGGAAAAACUAUCCUUCCUCCUACUUUGGACUUUGAGCUUGUCGCUAUUAACGAGGACGAGGCCGAGGUGGCACCGAGAACUGAGGUGGCUGACAACGUGCGAGAUGAAGAAGUGGACUAACAGCUCUAGAUCAUCGACUGAGCUCGGCCAGCUCAUCCCUUUGUAUUUUUGUUAUUUUUAUUUUGUUUUAAGAACAGUUUGUAUUUCAGUUCGAAUUAAUGAAUUGGAAUUUUGAAA